AUGAGCAGAUUGUUAGAUGAGGAACUGAUUGAUGCAGCACAGGAUGUGUGUUAUCCUGAUUGGGAAAGAGAGGACAGUAUCCUUCAACUACGAGAAGGGUUAAGACAAAUAUAUGAGGAUGAUACUGAAGAUUCAGUAUUUGGCUCUGUUUUUGGCAAUGUAAGCUGUUUUGAACAACCAAAGACUAAGAAACUAACGAAUAGGGAUUUUAUGAGUUCACCAAUACUCAGGAAACAUAAAGAUCGGGGUUAUGUUGACAAUGGUAGCGAUGAUGAGGAGGAAAAUAAUAUAAUCUUAACAAUGUUUCCCAAAGAAGAGAAACUUGUAACCGAGACAUACGUUCUAUUAGGCCAGGUCUAUGAUGAGUGUAAUGUUAUUGAUCAGAAGAUUGAAAGAAGCUCUUCACGAUUCAGUACUGGUACUCCUGAUAUAGCAGAUAAAGAAAAUGUUGUAAAUGAACCAAUAACUGAUGACGCUGCCGUUCAAGUUGAGCAGCCAGUGACAAUUCGAUCUCCUCUGAAGCAAAAGGCUCAAGCUAAUAAAUGUCUUCGCAAAGUGAUUUGUCCUGAACCAGGCAGAAGCCUCUUACGGCAUGAUCCAGUUAAGAUGAUCCAGAUAUACAAAGAGGAAUGGAAGAGAAAACCAACGCCUGAAGAGCAGAAAAGAUUGGAGCUAAGAUGGAAGGUUCGCGAGCACAUGCUACGUCGGGAUUUCCCAAAGAAGUUCCCUGGUGGAGGUAUUGCUAAGCAUGACAAGGACUGGUCUCCAAGACCCUAUAUGAACUGA